AUGCCUUUUGGCUGUAUAACGCUUGGUGACAAAAAGGAUUAUAAUAACCCUUCGGACGUCACAGACAAAUAUGAUCUGGGACAAACAGUCAAAACGGAGGAAUUCUGCGAAAUAUUCCGAGCAAAAGAAAAAUCUACUGGCAAAAUGUACACUUGCAAGAAGUUUUUAAAGAAAGAUGGAAGAAAAGUUCGGAAGGCUGCAAAGAAUGAAAUCAUGAUUUUAAACAUGGUGAAGCAUCCAAACAUAUUACAGCUGGUGGAUGUCUUUGAAACACGCAAGGAAUAUUUCAUUUUCCUGGAACUUGCCACAGGCCGAGAGGUGUUCGACUGGAUCCUGGACCAAGGUUACUAUUCUGAGAGAGACACCAGCAACGUGAUCAGACAAGUAUUGGAGGCUGUGGCCUAUCUACAUUCCCUCAAAAUCGUGCACAGAAAUCUUAAGCUGGAGAACUUAGUUUACUUCAAUCGUCUAAAAAAUUCCAAGAUUGUCAUAAGCGAUUUUCACCUGGCCAAACUGGAAAAUGGGCUGAUUAAGGAACCUUGUGGAACGCCAGAGUAUCUUGCUCCAGAGGUGGUUGGACGACAGAAAUAUGGACGACCAGUUGACUGCUGGGCCAUUGGAGUGAUCAUGUAUAUACUGUUAUCAGGGAACCCACCUUUUUAUGAUGAAAAUGAUGAUGAAGAUUAUGAAAACCAUGACAAGAACUUAUUCCGAAAAAUUCUAGCUGGGGACUAUGAAUUUGAUUCUCCAUACUGGGAUGACAUUUCAGAAGCUGCAAAAGAUCUGGUGAGUCGCUUGAUGGAGGUUGACCAGGACACAAGGAUAACAGCUCAAGAAGCCAUAAACCAUGAAUGGAUUUCAGGAAAUGCAGCUUCAGACAAGAACAUCAAGGAUGGUGUCUGUGCUCAAAUUGAAAAAAAUUUUGCCAAAGCGAAAUGGAAGAAAGCAGUGAGAGUAACGACAAUAAUGAAACGCCUGCGGGCGCCUGAGCAAAGUGAGACCGCCAACAAAUCACCGACAGCGGUGCCCACUCCAUCAGGCGAAGCCGAGAACAAGUCAGCGAGUGACAGCGCGGCUUCACCCAGCCAGACGGACAACUCUGCAAAGGUCGGCGUGACAGCUGAGGCCUCCCCCCGGUGUAACGGAGAGGCGGUCAGCCCCCACAAACCCGCCGCCGAAGCAUGGGAAGGACAAAAUGGCUGA